UUUUAUAUUGUAAUUGUGUCAGGGAUAUUAUAUUAAAUACCGAAUUGCGCACCAUUAUGCUACCUGUGUAUCAACAAUGAAUCUCAGAAGAAGGGAAAUAAUUAUUACAGAUAUGUAAAAAGGCAUUUUAACGACACCAAAAAAUACGCAGGCUAUUAUUGUGAAAGUGAGCAGGCGGAAGAGGUAGUUGAAUUGUCGCUAACUCAACACUUGUGUCUCUCCGUGUGAAAUCGAUAAGUGAUUGGUUUUCUUGAUGGUAAAGAUUUUGUGGGUCCGGGUACGUGUCGACUGAAGGGUUCGUCAUGGCCCUGAAAAGGAGACGGGCUACAUCCCCUUCUAGCAGUGUGAGUGGAGGAGAUGUUGACGAUAGCCAGACUUCAGCGAUAAUGUCUUCAAGUGGGAGAAAGAGGAGAAGGACCUCAAACAUACCAACUGUGGAUCCUAUUGCUGUAUGUCAUGAACUGUACAACACAAUCAGAGAUUACAAAGACGACCAGGGCAGGAUGUUGUGCGAGCUGUUUAUCAGAGCCCCUAAAAGAAGGAAUCAACCCGACUACUACCACGUGGUGUCUCAGCCUAUUGACAUGAUGAAAAUCCAGCAGAAAUUAAAGAUGGAGGAGUAUGAUGAUGUUGAACAACUCACCAUUGACUUUCAGCUGUUAUUUAAUAAUGCAAAAACAUAUUACAAGUCUGAAAGUCCUGAGUACAGGGCAGCCUGUAAACUGUGGGACCUUUACCUGCGGACCAAGAAUGAAUUUGUUCAGCGGGGGGAAGAUGAUGAUGAUGAUGACGAUGGCUACGACGCACAAGACAAUGCUACAGGGACCACUGAGGACGAGAGUGCACCUACCUGUUUGAAAGAGGUCCUCGAGCAGCUCCUUGAUGCUGUGGUGUCUUACACUGAGCCAACUGGCCGUCUGGUCAGUGAGCUGUUCCAGAAGCUUCCCUCCAAAAUGCAAUACCCAGAUUACUAUGCCAUCAUUAAGGAACCAAUCGAUCUGAAAAUCAUCGCCCAAAAAAUUCAGUUGGGCCAAUACAGGAGUGUCAGUGCCAUGGCUAAAGACAUCGAUGUGCUUGUCAAGAAUGCCAAAACGUACAAUGAGCCGGGGUCACAGGUGUUUAAGGAUGCAAACACCAUCAAAAAGAUUUUUGCACAAAAGAAGUCUGAGCUGGAACAUGGAGAACCAAUCAAGUCCAGCAUUCGCAUCAGGAAUAGAAGAUCUGCCCAGGGAGAUCGCCUCUCAGCUAUCACCAUGGCUCUUCAGUAUGAAAGCGAUGAAGAGGGCAUACUCUCUGGGUCCGUUCACUAUGAUGAAGGGGAAUCUGAGGCAGAGAGCAUGACCUCUAACAUGGACAUGAGUAACCCAAUCUUCCAGCUGUACGAAGCUGUGCGAGGGGCCAGGAACAGCCAGGGUCAGCUGAUCUCAGAGCCUUUUCUGCAGCUGCCCUCCAGGAAGGACUACCCUGACUACUACCACCAGAUCAGCCAACCCAUUUGCCUCCAUCAGAUCAAGAACAAGAUGAAGAACAAUGAGUAUGAGAGUGUUGAGCACAUUGACUCUGACGUGACGCUCAUGUUCGAGAAUGCCAAACGUUACAAUGUUCCUCACUCCUCCAUCUACAAGCGAGCCCUCAAGCUCCAGCACAUUCAGCAGAUGAAGAGAAAGGAGCUUUUACAGAGAGAUGAUGAUGAUGGUGACAGCAUGCUCUCCUCUGCCACAUCUGACACCAGCAGUACAAAAAGAAAAAGUCACAAGAAGAAUACAAAGAAAAACCGAAUGAAAGCUCUCUUCACUUCGGUGACUGAGGCGCGAGAAGCCGGCACUGGUCGGAGACUGUGUGACCUUUUCAUGGUCAAGCCCUCGAAGAAGGACUACCCCGACUACUACAAGGUCAUCCUGGAACCAAUGGACCUCAGGACCAUUGAGCACAGCAUCCGCUCAGACAAGUACAUGACUGAAGAUUCAAUGGUUGAAGAUAUGAAGCUUAUGUUCCGCAAUGCACGGCACUACAACGAGGAAGGCUCCCAGGUUUACAAUGAUGCUGACAUCCUAGAGAAGAUUAUGAAAGACAGACGCAGGGAUCUUGGGCCAGCGAAUGAUGAUGAGGACAUGAUGUCCCCAAAGUUGAAAAUAAGAAAGAACAGUAUUACUCUGAAGAAGUCCAAGUAUCUAACACCCUUGCAGCAAAAGCUGAAUGAGCUUUAUGAGGCUGUCAAGAACUACACAGAUAAGCGGGGCCGUCGCCUCAGCACUAUCUUCCUGCGGCUGCCGUCUCGUGCCGAGCUGCCCGACUACUACAUAGCCAUCAAGAAACCCGUGGACAUGGAGAAGAUCAAGAGCCACAUGUUGGCUAAUAAGUUCCAAGACGUGGAUGCACUGGUGGAGGACUUGGUGCUCAUGUUCAACAACGCAUGUACUUACAACGAACCAGAGUCUCUGAUUUACCGCGACGCCCUGGUGCUGCACAGGGUUCUGUUAGAGACGAGGCGUGACCUGGAGGGAGGAGAGGACGCCCACGUGCCUGAUGUGCCCAGACUCAUCCAGGAACUUAUCCGCAGCCUCUUUGUCUCUGUGCUCAGUCACCAAGAUGACGAAGGCCGUUGCUACAGUGACUCACUUGCCGAGAUUCCUGCCCUAGAUCCCGCAAAUCCUGAGAAGGCACCACUCAAUUUUGAGAUCAUCAGGAAGAAUGUAGACCGAGGGCGCUACAAGAGGUUGGAUGUGUUUCAGGAUCACAUGUUUGAAGUGCUAGAAAAAGCCAGGCGAUUGAAUAGAACCGACUCUGAGAUCUUUGAGGAUGCUGUGGAGCUGCAGCAGUUCUUAAUCCGGAUCAGAGAUGAGCUGUGUAAGAAUGGAGAGAUCUUGAUGUCUCCUGCGCUCAGCUACACCUCCAAACAUCUGCACAGUGAUGUAGAAAAGGAGAAGAAAGCGAAGCUACCAAAGGAGUUUGAGGAGGACAAAAUCAAGAGGGAAGAAGAGAAAAGGGAAGCUGAGAAGAGGGAGGAUUCUGGUGGAGGAUCAUGGCAGUCAAGCCAACAGCGCACAUACAGUCAGGACUGCAGCUUCAAGGACAGUAUGUACCAUGUGGGAGACUAUGUGUAUGUGGAGCCGGCAGAGCCCAACCUCCAGCCCCACAUAAUCUACAUUGAACGCCUUUGGCAAAAUGACACUGGUGAGAAGUGGCUGUAUGGCUGCUGGUUCUACCGGCCAAAUGAAACAUUUCAUCUUGCCACAAGAAAGUUCUUGGAGAAGGAAGUCUUUAAGAGCGACUAUUACAACAAAGCUCCUGUCAGCAAGAUUCUGGGCAAAUGUGUGGUCAUGUUUGUGAAGGAGUAUUUCAAACUUCACCCAGAAGGCUUCAGGACCGAGGAUGUAUAUGUUUGUGAGUCACGGUACUCUGCCAAAUCCAAGUCCUUCAAGAAGAUCAAGAUGUGGACCAUGCCCCUGAGCUCGGUUCGGUUUGUACCCAGAGAGGUACCCCUCCCCGUGGUACGUGUGGCAUCCAUGUUUGCCCCCAAACAAGAGGAGAAGCCACCAGAGGUUGCUGAUGAAAGCAAAAUGAUAGAUGGUAUAGUAGACAAGGAGAGGGAAGAUGUUACCAUGGAUAUGACCAAUGGGGAGCCAGGAUGUCAAUACUUUGAGCAGCUCUGCUACAACAACGUCUGUCUCAAAGUGGGAGACUGUGUCUACAUUGGUUCUCACGGACUAGUGCGCCACCGUGUGGGCAGGAUUGAGAAGAUGUGGAUGCGCGAUGGAGCAGGCUACUUCUUUGGCCCCAUUUUCAUCCAUCCUGAAGAAACGGAGCAUGAACCCACUAAGAUGUUCUACAAGAAGGAAGUGUUCCUUAGCAACCUGGAGGAGACCUGUCCCAUGACCUGCAUCAUAGGAAAGUGUAUAGUGUCAUCCUUCAAAGACUACCUGUCCUGCCGUCCAACUGAAGUACCUGAAGAGAAUGUUCUUCUCUGUGAGAGUCGCUACAUUGAAAGUGAGAAGCAGAUGAAGAAAUUCAAGGGGCUCAAGCGCUUUUCACUCUCUGGGAAGGUGGUGGAGGAUGAAAUCUACUAUUUUAGAAAGCUUAUAGUGCCCCAGAAGGAGCCGUCACCUCUGCUGGACAAGAAAAUUGAGGAACUGGAGGCAAAGUUUGCUGACAUGACAGAUGAGGAGCUUGAAGACCUUGGGGAUGAUGAUGGCGAGCUUGGGGACCAGUCUCUGCCCCAGAUGCAAUCUUCCUUGUCUAGUGACAUGGAUAUCAUGCCUUACACUCCUCCACAGUCCACACCAAAAUCCAUCAAAGGCCUCUCAAAGAAGGAAGGCUCAAAGCGGAAGAUCAACAUGAGUGGUUACAUCCUGUUCAGCAGUGAGAUGAGAGCCGUCAUCAAAGCCCAGCACCCAGACUUCUCCUUCGGGGAGCUGAGCCGACUCGUUGGAACAGAGUGGAGGAACCUGGAGAGUUCAAGGAAAGCAGAGUAUGAAGAGCGAGCAGCUAAAGUGGCCGAGCAGCAGGAGCGUGAGAGGGCCCAGCAUCAGACGUCCCCUAGAGCAGGUACCCCAGUAGGGGCACUGUUGGGGGUGGUGCCUCCCCCAACCCCCAUGGGGAUGCUAAAUCCCAGCAUGACGCCUGUGUCAGAAGGUAUGAUGGGUGCAUAUAGAUCAGCUAUGAUGCCCCUGCAGGGCCAUGUUGAAGGCAUGGUUAGUAUGACUGGCAUACCUCCACAUCACAUGGGGGUGCCUGGCUUUCCCCAACACCUCCUGCCUGUUAUGCCUGGGUUCCCUGGGAUGCCAUACUUUGGUGUCAAUGGAGGAGGACCAGGAGUAGGAAACAUACAUGGAUCCCAGAUGGGCCCAGGGCAGCAAGCUCCACCACCAUAUCCAGGGCAAGGACAACCUGCGCUCCAGCAGCCAACCACCCCAUUGUUUGUGUCCCCACCAGCCAAGUCUCAGCGGCUGCUCCACUCUGAGGCCUACCUCAGAUACAUCGAGGGCCUUUCUGCAGAAUCCUCUACCAUUAGCAAGUGGGACCAAGCCCUCUCAGUUCAAAAACAAGAUGUGCGUCUGACCAAAGAACAAGAGAGCAGACUUCCAUCCCACUGGCUGAAGAGUAAGGGGGCCCACAAGACGAUGGCAGAUGCACUUUGGCGACUCCGUGACCUGAUGCUGCGAGACAGCCUAAACAUCCGUCAGACGUACAACCUGUAGCAUGCCCCCAUGUUAUGAGCCUCUGUUCCCAAACCUGUGAGACAGGAAAGAAGGUUAUGCUCACUAAAAUGUUCACUUUGUAUUGUCAUAAAAAAAAGAAAGAAAAGUGUUUGUAAUUGUGUUAGCUACUUUCUGUGUUGAAGCAGUUUUUUUGUUCGUUUUACAUUUAAGACAUACUGUUCUAAGUACAUUAUUGUUAAGACUCUCAUUCUGUGAUGAAUGCCUUCAUGCUUUCACGAUUAAAAUGUGAACUGUUCAAAUU